AUGGCUAUACUCCUUUCCAAAACACACUGCACAACUCACCAAUUCUACUCCCUUUUCCUCGGCGGCCGUUACUUCAACGCCACCGUCACCGCCAGCGCUUCCAUCGUAAAGCGCUGGCUAGACUCCACGCUCUACUUCAGCCGCAAAUACGUCUACCGUAACUGUCUUGUCGUCGGCCUCGGCGUUCAUUGGACUCCUGGCCCCGACGACCCGCCGGCGGAAACGCUGCAACUCUGCGUCGGCAGCCGGUGCCUCAUCUUCCAACUGGAGCACGCCAACCGCGUACCGAGUAACCUCCGCACCUUGUUGAACAAUCCUAACCACACUUUCGUCGGAUUCUGGAACCAGUCUGACCGGCGGAAGCUCAAGCUUUCGAAGUUUGAGUUGGAGAUGCACAGCGAUCCUCUAGAUCUGAGGCUGUUCUUCACGAACCUUACACAGGCUUCGGUUGAAGAGAUCGUGAUGAUGUGUCUCGGUUACGAAGUAUCCCAACGGAGGGAGAAUAGCUGGAGCAUGUGGUAUGAUUUUGUUCUCAGUGACAAACAAGUUACUUACGCCGCAGUUGACGUUUACUGUGCGUUCCUCAUCGCUAGGAAUUUCAAAGUCCGGAAUUUCAAUUAA